AUGGCCAAUGACAAUGACGGGGUCCCGGAGAGUUUAGUUAGCGUACUCAAGGCAACGGCGGAAGAACUUAUGAACAAUCAUAACCAGGAUGGAGUCUGUUUUACGGUGAAAAACGAACCCGACGAAGACGUUGAAGAAACAUUUUCUUCUUAUGACUCCCGGCUGGCUGAGUUUAUUAAUUUUGAUAUAUUAGGAGAGGAAGAUGACAAUCUAGAGCCUUUCAACCAUCUCAUUACUAAUACAAACCACGAAGAUCUUACUGGUGAUCGCCAGGUGUUGAAAAUAUUACUGAGUCCGGGAAUUGGUGAAGUUUUACCAGAAAACUAUGUAGUUUUGAUACAUUAUAUUGCUUAUAUAUCAAACCUUCAAGAGCCAUUUGAUGUAACACAUCUUCAAGGUAGAAGACCUAAACUUUUUACAUUGGGUAAUAGUGAAUUAUUACCAGGAUUAGAAAUUGGUAUAAAAUCGAUGACUCUUGGUGAAAAUUCAAGGUUUAUAAUAAAGCCAGAAUUGGCUUACAGAGAAUGGGGUUGCCCACCUCGCAUACCACCAAAUGCAACUAUUCUAUUUGAUGUACAUCUUGUUUACUAUUGUCCACCUGAACGUAUCAUAACCUUUGAUAGAGAAAACUGUAAUCCUGCUAUAUUUAAAAAAAAUCUUGUAGAAGUUAAAAAACGUCAUCUUAAAGCUAAUGAACACUUUAAACUUAAAAAUAUAGGUAAAGCUGUAUUAAAAUAUAAUCGGGCAUUGGAACUACUACAUAUAGUUGGAUGCGUUAAUGAUUUUGAAGAAACAGAAAUGAUGAACUAUUUGAAUAUUCUUUAUACAAAUUUAAGCUUGUGCUAUUUAAAACAAUGUGAGUUUAAUAAGGUAUGUCGUAUGGGCCUAGAGGCAUUGAAAUAUUCAGAAAGAAUUUCCAAACGCUCAACAAAAUUAUUUUUCAACUGGGGAAAAGCAUUACGCCUGUUAAAAGAUUUUACAGAAGCGAAGAAAAAGCUUGAAAUCGCAUUGAAACUUGAACCUCAAAAUGAAAAAAUACAUGGGGAAUUUGAUAAACUACAAAAAGAUAAAGAAUUUCAUCGUACCGUUGAAUCAAUUAUAUUAAAAGAUGACAACAAUGUGAAUGACAAUGAACAAUUGGCUCCAGAAUUUUGGGAAGUAUUCAAUACACAUUUCACCGAGUUUUAUACUGGUAAUGAUGAUGUAUUGACGGUUAUGUUGAACAAAAACCCUGAUGACUUUGAGGUAAUCAAAAACAAGGCAAGUGCUUAUGACCUCCAAGUUCACGUAAUCACAGAAGCUGGUGUUCCAACAAAUUGUAUUGCGAUUCAAAAAUAA